UUAAACUUAAUGUUUCUAUUAUAUUUAUUAAUAAUAAUGAUAAUCUCUGUCUGAUGUUUCAUGUAGAGGAGAGCCUUCAUAAUGGGGGCCUGGGUUUGCUGUAGAACCUUAAAAUCCCUCUUUGCCCUCAUGUGUCCUGUCAGCAUUUGAUUAUGAUCAUUACUCACACACACACACACACACGCACACACAGCAGGCAACCCCUGCCACACACGCAUACACACACACACACACACACACACUGAUGUUCCGUGACUCCUCAGGGUGUUGCACAGGAGGCGCUGCUUUCAUUAUCUCUCCGUGUGCCGUAAUAGGACUCUGAGCAUCAAGGCGGGCGCUGCCACUUCAUGUGAACCCCCCUCAGCUGCUGCUGCUCCUGAACGCCACACGGAGACCAGGAAAAGUUAGGAAGGUCGGAACAACUCCGUUUUUCAGCGUCCAGAUUUCCCAGUGUACCGCCCAGCAUUGAGUGGGACUGUUAUGCCCUGGGCCCGACCUCCAGUUGACCUUCAUGCUGGCACAGCGGAGGCCAUGGACCAGUUCAACACAGACGACCACCACUACGAGGGCUCCCUGUUCCCCACCUCCACCCUCAUCCCUGUUACAGUCAUCUGCAUCCUCGUCUUCAUCAUCGGCGUGACCGGCAACACCAUGACCAUCCUCAUCAUCCAGCACUUCAAGGACAUGAAGACCACCACCAACCUGUACCUGUCCAGCAUGGCGGUGUCUGACCUCAUCAUCUUCCUCUGCCUGCCCUUUGACCUCUACAGGCUGUGGAAGUACGUGCCGUGGGUUUUCGGGGAGGCCGUGUGCCGCUUCUACCACUACAUCUUUGAGGGCUGCACCUCGGCCACCAUCCUCCACAUCACCGCGCUGAGCAUCGAACGCUACCUGGCCAUCAGCUUCCCGCUCCGGAGCAAAGUCAUGGUGACCCGGCGCCGGGUCCAGUACAUCAUCCUCGCCCUGUGGGGCUUCGCCCUGGUCUCCGCUGCCCCAACGCUCUUCCUGGUGGGGGUGGAGUACGAUAACGACACGCGCCCCGACUACGACACGGGUCAGUGCAAGCACACCAGCUACGCCAUCAGCUCCGGACAGCUGCACAUCAUGCUGUGGGUGUCCACCACCUACUUCUUCUGCCCGAUGCUCUGCCUCAUCUUCCUCUACGGCUCCAUCGGCUGCAAGCUGUGGAAGAGCAAAAGCGACAUGCAGGGGCCCUGCACUCUGGCCCGGGAGAGGUCCCACAGACAAACAGUCAAGAUCCUGGUGGUGGUGGUGCUGGCCUUCAUCAUCUGCUGGCUGCCUUACCACAUCGGCAGAAACCUCUUCGCCCAGGUGGACGACUACGAGACGGCCAUGCUGAGCCAGAACUUCAACAUGGCCUCCAUGGUGCUCUGCUACCUCAGUGCCUCCAUCAACCCGGUCGUCUACAACCUCAUGUCCCGGAAGUACCGGGCCGCGGCCAAGCGCCUCUUCCUGCUGCACCAGCGGCCCCGGCAGGCCAGCCGCAGCCAGAGGCAGCUCUGUAUGACCGAUCACAUCUCCACGCUGAAUGAAAGCCUCACCGGGGUCUGAGAUUCUCUACGGUUUAGGGUUCAAGAUCAAAAGAGGAUUCUCAGUGAGGAUGUGCAGAAAGCGGAUGAGAGGGGAAACAGGGCUUUUCAAUGCAAAAAUAAUAACAAUAAUAAUGAUCUGUUACCUCUUAAUGGCCUUCUGAUUACUAUAAUCGCCUAUAAUGUCACAGUAUAGUUCUUGAGAUACCUUUAUGCAGUCAGUGUUCAGUAUUAUUUGCAUCUGGUAUAUAUCUGUAAAUUCAGCUCACUUAUCUUUGUUGUUUUAGGAUUACAUUAGAGACUGUCUGUUAUUAGGAGGAAAGCAUGACUGUUUAUGUGUCAUUUAUGCUUGUUGGUGUGUCGCUAGGUUUUCUGUAAUGUACAGUGAGUUAAUUAUGUUGGUGAAUCGUUCCGCCUUUUCGUAUUUUGUCGUGCUACAACCACAAACUUCAAUGUAUUUUCAGGAUUUUAGGUUCAGUUUUGCACCGUCACACUCAAGUUUCCACUCAUUCUUCUUUGCAAGACAGUUCAAGCUCAGUACAAUUCAUCAGACGGCAUCUGUGAACAUCAAUAUUUAUGUGUUUUAUAGUGAGAUUUAGGUCAGUACUUUAACUAGGCCAUUGUAACAAGUGAAUAUGCCUUAAUAUAAAUCUCUGUAUUCCAGCUCUAAUUGCAUAUUUUGGAUUGUUUGUUUUACUGGAAAUCUCAAACCAUUUACAGUAACAGGAGGUUUAGCUCUAUCCCCACAUCACAAUGCAGCCACUGCCAUGUUAGCUCAUGAGUAUGGCAUAUUCAAGGUCAUGUGCAGUGUUAGUGUUCAACCACACAAAGUAUUUUAAAUGUAGGCCAAACUUUAAAUGUAAUUUUUUUCCUUGCAAAUAUCUCCUUCUUGUUUUCAGUUUCAAUCCCAAUUAGACUGUAUGGAGAAAAGCAUUCCCACAGCAUGAUGCCGUCACCACUGUGUGCCACUGUGAGAAAACAUCCCGUCAUCCUGAAAUCCUGUCAGUGCAAGAUUAGAUGCAACAUGCAUUAGGGAUUUUCAUUUUAAUUUCUCUUUCACAUAGGCCAGACAUGUUUAGUGUUGACAGAAUCUGCUACUUUAAAUAGUCUUUUCUUUUUUGUUUGGAUGAUGGGUUGAGCCUUUAACAAUGCCUUUAUCUUUGUUCCUUAGUCUUCAUGAUGAUAUGUUUUUUUUCAAAUGUUGUUCUGAAAAAUCGACACCUUCACAAAUGGCAACUAUUUGCAUUUUAUUUAGGAGCGUAAGAGUAAAGAAGAGUGAAGAAAGUUAAAUGCAAAAGCACACCACACUUUUCAGAUUUUUAUAGGUGUAAAAUAUUUAAAAUCAUGUAAAAAUGUGUCCUCAUCUUUACAGUUAUGUUUCACUUGUGCUGGACCAGCACAGGGGUCUGCAACCUGCGGCUCUUUGGAGUCUCAACUGUGGCUCUUGCGAAACCAAAAAGGAAAUCUUUUUCAUCAUGAAUCCAAUGCAAACUGGUCAUUUUAGGAGUACAUUCUUAUGCAAAAUCUACUUUUAACAUCUGCAACAGGUUUUCAAAAGUAACUUAACUUCAAACUAUGCUGCCUAUUUUUCCCAAUUUUAAAUAUUUAUUGAAAAGGCUCAUCUCAUUCUACAUUUUAUCUUCUUCUGUGCAGUAUACAUUUUGUAUAAACACCUCAAAAUAUAAAUAGACUUUGGUUUACUUCUGCUAGCUUUCGCAAUGAAAUUUUAUGUAGUGCAUAUUUAGAAGCAUUUUUGAGUUUCACUUUGUAGCAGCGGGUGUUUAAAACCCCAACAAAAUACACAGGAGCUUGGGGUGCAACAUGACAAAACGGGGAAAGGCGAAGGCGGGUGGAUACUUUUACAAGGCACCGUAAGACGGAAACAUUUUUAAUCAUACUGUUCGUUUGAGAUUCACAGGAAAGAAAACGACAAAAUAAACCUGCCAGCAGGUUUUUACCAGCUGUGGGGGUGUGUAUGUGUGUGAAAACAUUGAAUAUAAACUUGAUAAAAGCAUUUUAAAAUCAAAACGGGGAACCUUUGGCGUGUGAAUGUGAGCUUGUGUGUGAGAGACGCUGGCGCCACCUGAGCCCAGAGGUCUGAGGCCUGCGUACGUGCCGGCUGUCGCAUGUAAUCUGUCACAGCUAUUAUAUUAAAUGUUCUCUGGGUUGCAUGUAUGCCUCCAGCCAACGUCCCUGCAUCACCAUAUUCAAAGUAACAGCUGCCCUCAGUGCUUUUCCAAGAGAACCACAGAGGCUUAGAUCGAUUUUCUUUUUCCACAACUUGAGUCAUCCCAUCACUUUGGUCAAUUUAUUUAUUGAAUUAGAAGUUGUGGUCUUUUGUGUCUCAUCUGCUCCAGAGAGAAGUGUAAUGUUUGAAUUACGUGUUCCAUCCUAAAAAAGGAAAAAAUAA